UUUAUGUGAUAGAAAAAGUGCCUAUCAUUUCAAGUUUUGCCGUAUGAUUAUCGUAUCAUAUUUGCCUGGUGAGCAAUGACUUGUGCCGAGACAAGAUGGUCUACUGGGCCACAGUCAAGACGUGGUUCCUCAAGGCAGAGGAUGAAUAUAUCCAGAAUGUCAACAGGGAGCAGUAUUCACCCCCGUGUGACCUUCAACAGCCCCUUGUGGCGAAAAGACUACAUCAAGACCCCGACAAGUCCAGAGCCAACCUCUGAACAAAUCAAGGAGAUGGAAGAUCGUUUCAUAUUGGACUGCAUCAUCGUCGAGAAGAAACGAUACAAAUGGAGUCCUGACAUCAUACCGAAAUACGACGCUCUCAAUGAUAACUAUGCGCGCGCUUACUUCCAGUCAAAUUUAGUUCAACGUGUUUUAAAGAAGACUGUCUGGGGUCAAGGGGUAAGAAAAAUUUGCAGUGUAAAUGCAUUGCAAAGCAGACUAACAACUCUGUCCCGCAACCAAUGGUGGCUCCAUAAAGUCAUCGAAUGGGAUUUUAAAUCCGACAGGUGGUUCAAGGCAGGGGUGACGCCAGGAUUUGCCCGACUGGUGGGGCGUGUCCCCGACGAGAGUAUAGUGGACGUGGUCAGGUGUCACUCAAAACCUCUCACAACUGUUUCAGGGCGAAGCCCACGAGAAAACAAAGGCGGCUGCUCGAUUGAUGGCCCAGUCAUCGAUAGGUUCAUGGAGUCAGGUGCCGGCUACAAAUACUUGCACGCAAGAAACGACGCCCCCAGUGCUGCCAAAGCUGGUCAUUCAAAAGACCAAGUGAAUGGGCAUGCGCAGUUCAUGGAGGAUGCCAAACCAAAUUUUGGAUACAACGGGCAGUUCGGGUAUCGUCGGAAUACGCCUUGGCUUCGUCAAGUUCCAUCACCAUUUGGCACGAGCAGUCGGUCUCCAACACAUUAAUGAACUGUUAACGCUAAACUAGCCAGAUAAUAUUUGCGCAUGCACUGAUUAUGGAAAGGCAGUUUGCUGCUAAUAAAAGAAGGAAAUAUGCCUACGUCAAAUAGGUUUCACUUUAUGCGGAUACAUGAAAUUAUCGGCGUACGUUAUAUUAGCCUACGUAAUUUUUUUCAUGUACAAUUGCCGUUGCGCUUUACACGUACAGUAUGCCAAUUUUUUGGCACACGGGUUGAAGAAAUCGGAAAUGGAGAAAUGCUUGGAAGAGAACAUGUUUUGGGGAGGGACUUAUACAAACCAUCCAGUUACAGAUUAUCAUACUAAUCGUUCAAAUUGUAUUUUAAUCACUGAACGCUUUUUUUGGUAUAUUAAAACAAAAAUAUUUAUUGAUGACAA